AUGGUCCUUCAAACUAAGACACUCAAGAAUUCUAGACCUUCUGAAAAGCGCACCAAAAGAGGCACCGGCCUUGAUCACGAUUCAGAACCUCUCCAAAAGCGACCACGCCAAUCCCUUCGACUCAAUCCACCAACACCCACCAAACGUGGUACGAAACGAAACGUCGAGACCCCCGACUCUGUUACCCCCCAGAAGCAGUCGCGGCGAUCGCCCAUCGAACCUCCUACCGCCGGUACCACCGACCGCCCGACAGAUCCGAUCGAGUUUUGGGCAAAGGAACGGCCGCAAGCGAUCAAACUCUGGUACAUCUGGUACAUCUACAUCCACAACACCGAGCGGCUAGAGCUAAGGGAAGAGAAGAGUACACCUUCCGAGUCCACGGUAUUAUGCACUACUUGCGACAACAACAGUCUCAUGGAAGUCCACUAG